AUGUCCGAAGACGAUUUAGCCAAGGAACUUGAACAACAGUCGGUCACAGCUGUCAGACGGUUUACUUUCAAGAAGGAUGGUGUGGUCCAACCAACCAACACCUACCUCUUCACUUUCGCCCGAACGUCUAUCCCUCAAUCUAUCAAAGCUAAUUACUGUAACAUCGGAGUGGAGGUGUAUAUCCCCUUUCAACUCCGGUAUUACACCUGCCAAGCGUUUGGACAUGGAUGCAAGUCCUGCCAUGCCUCCGCUGUUUGUUACCGCUGCGGUGACAAUCACGAGGCCACUGACUGCAGGAAGGAUGUGAAGUGUUCAAACUGCGGUGGGAACCAUAUGGCUUCUUCAAAAUCCUGCCCUGUGUGGAAACGCGAGUCCCAAAUCAUGAGGAUUAAGACCGAACAAAAUGUCUCGUACUACGAAGCCAAGAAGAGGGUUGAAGGGCUCACUACAAACACUUCCACCAUCUCUCGUCCUCCUGUCACUACUGCCUCUAUCGACUGUCAGACUGGUCUGACAUGGGUCAAGUCUGUUCAGCCACUUUCAACUGCUUCAAUCCAAAAACCAGCUCUGCCACCUUCAUCUGUAACACCCCCAAAACCAAAAAUCGUCAAACAUGUUGAGUCUCAGACUCCAAAAAUAACACCUGAACCAGAACCAUUUAAACUAACAAACAGGGAAAAGAAAUUAUUGAAAAAGAAGCAGCUGAGAGAACACCAAAGGCCACCUCUCCUUUAG